AUGAUGACGAUCCUUGCUCGAAACAUUUUCCGUGCCCUGGCGCAGGGUUCCCAACAUGUAGGAAAAGGUGUACACACAUCAAGCUUGGUAAACGCAGACAAAAAAGUAUGUAAAUCAUCAAAAAGAAUAAAUACCCUGCAAUCGGUGUCGAAAGAGGGGCGCAUCAAAUGCACAUUGAUUCCCGGCGAUGGAGUGGGCCCUGAGUUGGUCUACUCUGUUCAAGAGGUUUUCAAGGCGGCGGAUAUCCCAGUGGACUUUGAGACGUUCUUCUUCUCGGAGGUGAACCCUACUUUAAGUGCCCCCCUCGAAGAUGUCGUCAGCUCCAUCGCUAGAAACAAAACCUGCAUCAAGGGUAUCCUCGCCACACCUGACUUCUCACACACGGGCGAGCUGCAGACUCUGAAUAUGAAGCUGCGCAACGCUCUAGACUUGUACGCUAACGUGGUGCACGUCAAGUCUCUACCAAAUGUAAAGUGCAGGCAUCAGGACGUGGACUGUAUCAUCAUCAGAGAGCAGACCGAGGGAGAGUACUCGGCUUUAGAGCAUGAGAGCGUACCCGGUGUAGUAGAAUGCUUAAAAAUCAUCACCGCCGUUAAGUCUCAGCGAAUCGCGAAAUUCGCGUUCGAUUACGCCGUCAAGUGUGGCCGCAAGAAGGUGACUGUCGUGCACAAGGCGAACAUCAUGAAACUUGGUGACGGAUUGUUUUUAAGGAGCUGUGAAGAGAUAGCGAAGCUGUACCCGCGCAUCCAGUUCGAGAACAUGAUCGUGGACAACUGCACCAUGCAGAUGGUGGCGAACCCCAAGCAGUUCGACGUGAUGGUGACGCCCAACCUGUACGGCAACAUCGUGGACAACCUCGCCAGCGGGCUCGUGGGCGGCGCCGGCGUCGUGGCCGGCGCCAGCUACAGCGCAGAGUGCGCCGUCUUCGAGCAGGGCGCUCGGCACGUGUUCGCGGGCGCGGUGGGCAGGAACAUCGCCAACCCCAUCGCCAUGCUGCGAGCCUCCGCCAACUUGCUGGCGCACAUCAACCUACACUCCUACUCCAGGAUGAUCAAGGACGCAAUCAACAAAGUCUUGCAAGACGGCAAAGUGAGGACAAAGGACCUAGGCGGCCAAUCUACCACCAAAGACUUCACCAACGCCAUCAUCGCCCGCCUCGGCGCCUAA